AUGAGUGGAACCAACUUUAAAAUUCUCAAAUCUACAUCAAAUGAUGCUAGCAAAACCCCAAAUACUCAAUUGAAGUUCAAACUUGCUGAUAAGAAUUCCUUCAGAACAAAGCUUGAAUCAAUUCAAACCAAAUUUCUUUGGGGCCAAAAAUUUGUAAUUGCACCAAAGUUUAUUGCAGCAUCAAUUUCUCCAAGUCCAGAAAGUUCAGAUAAUGAUGAAGAUGAUCAAAUUGCUGAUUCAGAUAGCGCUGAUGAUGAUGAAGAAGAUGAAUACUUUGACAAAGAAACUCUUAAAAGAUUAAGACGUUUAAUGAAAAGGGAAACACAAUGUGAAAAGGAUCAUUAUGAAAAGAGAAACCCAAGUUUUAAUUACUUGAGCCCAGUUUCCUCUAUAUUUUCUGAACCUUCUGAAGAAGAAAAAAACAAAAAUUAA